GUUCUUCUAGAGCUUUUAAAACAAUAAAGUCAUCUAUUUGAGAAUAUGGAGUUCUUCAAGAUUGGACUGUUGCAGUAUAACUGUUUCUGGUUAAUACUUCAAUUAUUCUGCUCAUGCUAGUACUAGGUGAUAACAUGAGUUUCACAAUGCUUCCUCCUGAAGCAUAACUAACGGUUGAGUCAUUGAAUAUCAAGCCAUAUUUAUUAUUCAUAUCAUCAGCUUUUCAAUUUCUCUGUGGGCUUUAUUCUUGUGGCUAAUAUUUAAGUCUUGGAACUGAAUUCCUAUAUUGUGAUGUUUAGAAAACAGUUUAUAAUGGCAAUGCUGUUAAAUUUCCUAAUUAACUUUCAUGCCAAGAAUCAGUGGCUUUACUUGGUAAUAUUUAAGUCUCAGAAAUGGUCAGUUAUUUACAGAUAGGGACUAUGUUCCUCAAUUAGUGUGGCCUAUAAGUUCACUUAGUAUACAUUUUCCUUACUGUUUUUAUACUUUUUUUUUUUUUGUGCUAUGGCUGCUGCUACCAUAGUUCAUGAUACAUCCGAAGCAGUAGAGCUCUGUUCUACAUAUGGUUUAUAUCUUAAACCCAUUACAAAAAUGACUAUUAGUGUGGCCCUUCCUCAGCUGAAGCAACCAGGAAAAUCCAUUUCUAACUGGGAAGUGAUGGAAAGACUAAAAGGAAUGGUGCAAACGCAUCAGUUUUCCACACUACGGAUUUCCAAAAGUACCAUGGACUUUAUUCGUUUUGAAGGAGAGGUUGAAAACAAAAGUUUGGUUAAGUCCUUUCUUGCAUGCCUUGAUGGCAAAACAAUAAAACUUAGUGGCUUCUCUGACAUUUUAAAAGUUCGUGCUGCAGAAUAUAAAAUUGACUUUCCUACUAGACAUGACUGGGACUCUUUCUUCCGUGAUGCAAAAGAUAUGAAUGAAACUUUGCCAGGCGAGAGACCAGACACCAUUCACUUAGAGGGGUUACCUUGCAAAUGGUUUGCACUGAAGGACUCUGGCUCAGAAAAACCAAGUGAAGAAGUCCUUAUAAAAGUAUUUAAUAAAUUUGGGGAAAUACGUAAUGUGGACAUACCCAUGUUGGAUCCAUAUAGAGAAGAAAUGACUGGAAGAAAUUUUCAUACUUUCAGUUUUGGAGGACAUUUGAAUUUUGAAGCUUAUGUUCAGUAUCACGAGUAUGUAGGUUUCAUCAAGGCCAUGAAUGCUCUGCGAGGGAUGAAACUGAUGUACAAAGGUGAUGAUGGAAAAGCAGUGGCUUGCAAUAUAAAGGUUUCUUUUGAUUCAACAAAACACCUGAGUGAUGCAUCAAUUAAGAAACGUCAGCUCGAACGGCUAAAGCUUCAAGAACUUGAACAACAAAGAGAAGAACAAAAACGGAGAGAAAAAGAAGCAGAAGAGAAAAAAAAGGAGCAAGAAAGGAAACAGAAGGAACUUGAAGAACUUGAGAGAGAAAGAAAAAGAGAAGAGAAGUUACGCAAAAGAGAACAGAAACAGAAAGAUCGUGAAGUUCGUAGAAACAAAAAGAAACUGGAAAAAAUGCAAGCAGAAGAGCAAAAAAAACUGCAAGAGAAAAUAAGACUAGAGGAGAGGAAGCUCCUGUUAGCUCAAAGAAAUCUUCAGUCCAUUAGACUAAUUGCAGAACUUCUCAGCAGAGCAAAGGCAGUAAAGCUUCUGGAACAGGAACAUAAUGAACAAAAAGUCCGUCUUCAGGAGCUGGAGGAGAGACGAAGGCUUCAAGAGGCUGAACUCAGACGUGUAGAGGAGGAAAAAGAGAGAGCACUUGGACUUCAAAGAAAAGAGAAGAUGCUAAGGGAGAAGCUAUUAAGCAAUCUCCUUAGCAAGAAAACAGAGUACACACAACAGAGUAAGGAGGCAACUAAGGUGUGUCAGUCUGGCCUGUUGAAAACUGUUGCAGGUGUUCCACAGAUUGUGUCAUCCAGCUCUAUAACAUCUACUUCGCUACAGUCCAUUAUGGGUAAACCAAGUCAGGUCGAUCAGACGGAAGUAAUGGCCAAUGAAAGUGUGAACUCUCAAUCCAAGUAUUUAAAUGGAAACAUUCACAAGGAAGCUAAUAUUAAGGAAAGCAAGAAACUUAAUUUCAAUAGCACUGAAAGCUUGUCUGAUAAAAGGAGUUCAGGUGUGCUCUCUUGUAUUCCUGCCAAUAGUCAGCAACACAAGAAUACAUCAAGUUAUGACCAGAAUGCAUGCAAGAAAGACGUAUCUUCAGAGCAAGGCAAGUGUAACAGAGAGCCAACUAAGGGGAGGAGCCAUUCACAUAGUGACACAAGUAUUGAUAACAGCAUAGAUAAAAAGGAAAAGAGCAAACACAGAAGGGACUCGAGUAGUCAAGAUGAAAAGUAUAGGAAAGAAAAAAGACUCCAUAAAUACUCUAGCAAAAGUCACAGCCCUCACAGAAAAAGCUUGAGCCCAGAUCACACCCAGCAUAAGCGAGCCUUCAGUAGUGAGAGUAGACAAGAUAAAAAAGAGAGAAGUCAUGGUCACAAAAACUUGGGCAAGAAACGAAAGCACCGAAAAAAGUCACUGGCUAAGCAAAGAAGUCCUUGAAGUAGGUAAUCGAGUAAUUAACCUUUAAAAAGGGCUAGAAUGGGACAGAUCAGGGCCAGAAAGUUCUGAAGUAGAUCUCAUCUGACUAGAAGAAAAAAUGAAGUUGCUGUUUGGUGAAUUAUUUAACUUGAAUCUAGUUCAUGGACCCAAGAUAUGGAUAACUAGAUUUUGAUGUUUCUUUGUGAUACGUUUUGUCUCUUUUUUUUUACAUUACAACAAUGUAGAUAAAAUCAUAUGUGCUUGAGUUUCCUCAAUGCUAAUAACCAACAUAACUUGGUUUUCAUUAGUUUCUAUUUUCAAAAGUUUUUGAUUAGAUCAGUGUUUCUCAAAGUGGUCCACAGACCCACUCUGAGAGAGCUGCUACCGGGCCCCUCCGGUUUGUUUACUUACUGGCUCCGCAGCCAUGGAGCCCCGAGACUUGCAUUGGCUGCGGCUUGCCCUUUGCAGCCAAGAGGAGCCGUGGGAAACAGAGUGACCCUUUGAGAAACACUGUAUUAGAUCAUUUAGUUUCUAAUGUCUGCAAUCACAACAUUCUCUGAAUUACAAGAUAUAUAGGUGCCAGUUAUUAGGAUUUUAAUCUUGGCAAGCAAUUGUGUACAAAAUAUUUGACUACAAAUCUUUACUUAGGAACUCUAUGAAAAAACAUGCAGCAAAGCAGAAUUUUUGCUAAUUGAGCCAGGAGGCAGUAUUUUUGUAUGAAAUUUGGAAGUGACCAUAUUUACAGAAAAUCUUUUAAACUAUGCUGCAAUGCUUCCAUUAUUUUUUGAAGUGUGUUUACUUUGUGGAAAACCACAAGGCCCAAAUAAUCAUGACAUCUAAUGCCGCUUAUAUAUUUCAGAAUUCCUGUCCAUUUCAGAGUAGGUGCACUGUUAUGCUUUUAGAACACCAGGAAAUGUUCAGAAAUGGCCAUUUCUAAUUAUUUAAAGUUGUAUGGAAAUAGUUACAUUUAUGUUUCAAGUGCAUACAGAUGGGGUGUUUUUUAAAAAGGGGGGGGGGACCUUCUUGCUAAAUUAUUUUUACUUGCAAUGUUAAGAUUCAGUGAUGCAAUUUAUCUAAUUAAAUAAUUUUUAUAACAUUUUGCUUCUAAAACUGAAGCUCAGGAAUCUUAAAACAGCUUGUAAGAUGAUGGUGAAAGAACAGUUUAGUUUUCAUUUUUAUGGUAAACUUGAAAAAUCUAUUUCCAGUGAACCCAAAUUGCUGUUUUCAUAUGUCAGUACAUUAAAAAUCUGCAAAAGAACUAUAUUAAACCUU